AAACCGCCACUCGCCUCUCUCUCUCUCUCUCUCUAUUUUUUCUUUUCCCCUUUCUUUUUUCUUUUUAAAUUUUGGGGGUUCAAAUUUAUCCGCUUUCCACAUCCUUCUCCGGCGAAAAUGCCGGCAUCGGAGUCCCCCAACCGACCGGAGGAACUGAUCGGCCGGCUGAAAUCGAGCGAGGGAGAAGCAAAAUUGAAAGCCCUAAAAGAGGUGAAGAACCAGAUCAUCGGAAACAGAACCAAGAAGCUUUCUUACAUCAAGCUUGGCGCCGUCCCUACCGUCGUCGGAAUCCUCGCUGAUACAGCGGAAUCCGACGUUUCUCUCCUCGUCCAAUCUGCUGCCGCUAUCGGCAGCUUCGCAUGCGGCGUCGAUGUUGGUGUCAAGGCGGUUCUUGACAGCGGAGCCUUCCCUCACCUGUUUCGUACCCUCUCUAAUCCGGAUGCUAAGGUUGUGGAUGCUGGUGCCCGUUCCCUGAGAAUGAUUUUUCAGUCAAAACUGGCACCAAAAUAUGAUUUCCUUCAAGGAGAAAACAUGGAGUUUCUUAUUUCACUUCUGAACAGUGAUAAUGAGAAUGUUACAGGACUAGGUGCAAGCAUUAUUACACACUCUUGUGGGACAAAUGUAGAGCAAAAGGCAUUGUGUGAUGCUGGAGUUGUACAGAGGCUUAUCUAUCUGCUUGAAGGUUCUUUGAAUCAGAGGGAUGCUAGCUUAGAUUCUCUGGCAGCAAUUGUCAAGAACAACUAUGAUGUCAUCUCAAAGCUUGUGGAACUUGAGGGAGGAACAGUUUUGAGUACUAUAACUGAGUUAACAAAGGACAGGAACCCCCGUACAAGAUUGCUUGCCUGCAUUUGCUUGAUUGUUAUAGGAAAUGCUUUUCCUUGCUAUCUUCAAGACAUCGGAACAAAUACUAAGUUGAUCUUGAUAUUGGUUGAGCUUCUUGAAGAGCCUGAUCAAGUUGGGGAUGAAGCUCCUUUUGCUUUGGCGAAUCUAAUUGCAGACAAGGAGGAUCUACAGAAACUGGCUUUUGAGGUUGAUGCUGUUGAUAGACUUUGCAACUUCUUGCAUAAGGGUUCAGUACAAGUCAAACGUUUACAAGGAAUCUUGCUGGCAUUAGGUGAACUAUGCUCAAAGAUGGAAAUAUGCAGGUCUAGAUUCAUCUCACUGCAGGUCUUGAAUGUGGUAACUGAUGCGAUGAAUCAUGAUAGUCUGGAUGUGCGUAUUGCGGCUUGCAUCUGUAUGAGAAAUAUUUCUCGUUCAGUCAAGAACUUGAGUGCAGGUUGCUUUAUGAAUAAAAUGAUUGUCACUUCUCUGGUGCGACUUUUGAGCGACCCUUCCACCUCAGUCCAGGUUGCAGCUCUUGGUGCUACCAGCAACAUUGUCGUUGAUUUCACAGGCCGUAAGUUAAUUUUCAUCCAGUGUGGAGGUGUGAAAGAGCUUGUUAGGCUAUCCAAAUCAAUGGAUUCUGCCCUGAGGUUAAAUUCUGUCUGGGCUUUGAGGAACUUGAUGUUCCAUGCGGAUAAAACUCGCAGAGAAGACAUUCUUCUGGAGCUGACAUCAUCCACAUUAGUGAGCCUCGUCUGUGAUCCAGAGCCUCUUAUCCAGGAGCAAUCUAUUGCACUUGUACGCAAUCUUGUCGAUGGGUGUAUCAACUGCAUUGAGCAUGUGUUAGCAGAUGAUGGUAAUAUUAUAAAUGCUGUUGGAAGGCAGUUGUGGCGUUCUUUGAAACCAGAAGUCUGCAUACAGGGGAUGUACAUGCUUGGCAAUGUUGCAACUGGGAAUGAGUUCCAUAAAGAAACGGUCAUGCAUCAGCUCCUUCCAGCUGAAGCCAGUGAAUGCUCCCAAUCUUUUGUAAUGAAGUUUUUGCAAAAUAAUGACAGUAGGCUACGCACUGCUGCUGUUUGGUGUGUUGUAAAUCUUACUUAUCCUGAUAGUCCUGGUGCAUCUGAUCGUGUCGGGAGGCUACAGAAUGCAGGCAUAAUUUCUCAAAUAAAGAAAAUGGUUAAUGAUCCCUGCCUGGAUGCAAAGUUUCGAGUAAGAACAGUUCUUGAACAGUGUGUGAUUUCUCAAAGCAGCUCAGCAUAAGAACAGUUCUUGAACAGUGUGAUUUCUCAGAGCAGCUUGGCUUAAUCUCUGUAUAAUUGUUGUUCCCCAAAGGCUAUGAAGUGAAACCAGCUUUGGUUGGUACUGGGGGUGGUGUUGCCCUGAUUUGUAUCAGUGUAUUGAGUGCACCAAGCCUUUGGCACAGGCUUAGGGAGAAAAAAAGGUAUGUUCUACCUUACCAGAAUCAAGUUCUUGAUGUUCCUGAAGGAUUCAUCCCUGCAUUUAUUCUUGCAGGACUUGCAUGUUUUUCAGUUGCUAGUUUAAGCAAUGGAGGAACUUGCUUGUCUGUGUCACACAGGUUCUCGCCAUUUAGGUUAUCCGAUUAAGAUCUACGUAUCUCGGAUCUCAGUAAGUCGGAUAUUUUUGUUGCUACCUGUUGUUGUACUAAGUAACACUGUUGUAAAUGUAUAAUAUGGCCUUUCAAUUCAAAAGCAAUCUUUCCUCUGGUAAGAAGAAAAGGAGGAUCACUAAGAAAGGCAAAGGGAGCCUUCGGAGCUGCUUAAAGAGAGGAACGCCGUCAAUCCUUCUAUCGAUGGUGAUCAGACUUGUUAAGAUCUCUUCUAUGCUGAGAAUCAUCUGUUAAUCCCCACUUUGAUGUGUUUUGUUGUAAACAUUUCAAUAUUUAUAUAGCAUGAACAUCAGAUCACUUCCAACCUUUGAAA